CAUCAUUUAAAGAAGUUAGAAGUUCCUGGUUUGUCAGUGAAGAAGUCAGAGAGGCAGCAGUAAACCAUCAGAGCCUCAACAUGAAAGUCCGUCACACUUUGAUCUGCUUCUUCUUCCUCUCUCUGCAGGAUGGAAACACUGGUCUCACCAAUGCCCAGAUCCCAUCUGUCCAUACAGGAACUGAAGGAGGAGAUAUCAGAGUUAGAUGCCGCUUUUCUUCACCUGGAGUCAGGAAGUUCUUCUGCAAGAGAGAAUGUAAACCAGAGGACAUCCUCAUUGAAACAACUGGUGUCAGAGAUCAGAGAGGCAGAUACAGCAUCACAUAUGAAGGAGGAUAUUUUAUAGAUAAUGUUUUCGUGAGCAUCACACAGCUGACCAAGUCUGACUCAGGACUGUACAGCUGUGGUCUGGACAGAUCAAACAUCAGGUUUGAAAUCAUUGUUGUAGAUGCACUGCUGGAUGGAAGUCCUCCUGAAGACAAAUCCCUCUAUACAAGAGCUGGAGGAAAUAUUGUAGUUGAAUGCUCCUUUAUUUUCUUUGGAAGCAGGAAGUACUUCUGCAAGGAAGAAUGUGAAGAGAAAGACAUUCUUGUUGAAACAACUGGUUUCACAGCUGAGAGAGGCAGAUACAGCAUCAGAUAUACAGAACGAUUUCUUACUGGAGGAUCUAUGUAUGUGAGCAUCACACAGCUGACAGAGUCUGACUCAGGACGGUACAGGUGUGGUCUGGACAGACGUUUAUCACCAGAUUCCUACUGGGAGUUUGAGAUCAUUGUCACAGAUGCUCCAACCACUUUAAAACCAACAUCAGACCCAUCAGCCUCCACACCAACAACAACAACACAGAGUUUAAACGCUCAGAUUGACGAGCAGCAGACUGGGACAGCAUCACGUCAAGAUGUGUGGCUGCCUGUCGGUCUGACUCUGGCCGUAAUGAUUGUCCUUUUAUUACUGGCUGUGGUGAUAUACUGCAGGAAGAGGUCUUCUAAACCCAAGGGAGCUCCAGUGGAAACAGAGUACACUUCUGUCACAGAGACCAACCAAGUGUACGAGAACAUCAGAGAGGACAGACACAGCAGAUCUGCUCCUGUGGAAAUCUCUUCAGUUUACACUCUCGCCAAAUAUACCAAACAAAAAACUCCUGAAUCCACUGAUGACUACAGCUCUGUCUCUGCAUCCAGAUUUCAAAAUACAGCUGAAGACCACUCGAGUAAACUCACCUACUCUGAGGUGAAUUUUUCCAAACAGUCCAACAGAGCCCCUCCGUGGUGA